AUGUCAUUAUCAAACAAAUUAUCAGUUAAAGACUUAGAUGUCGCUAACAAAAGAGUCUUCAUUAGAGUUGAUUUCAAUGUUCCAUUAGAUGGUAAAACUAUUACCAACAAUCAAAGAAUUGUUGCUGCUUUACCAACUAUUCAAUAUGUAUUAGAAAACAAGGCUAAAUCUGUCAUUUUAGCUUCUCAUUUAGGUAGACCAAAUGGUGAACCAAAUGAUAAAUAUUCUUUAGCUCCAGUUGCUGCUGAAUUGGAAAAAUUAUUAGGUAAACCAGUUACUUUCUUAAGUGAUUGUGUUGGUCCAGAAGUUGAAGCUGCUGUCAAUGCUGGUAAGAAUGGUCAAGUCUUCUUAUUAGAAAACUUGAGAUAUCAUAUUGAAGAAGAAGGUUCUCAAAAGAAGGAUGGUCAAAAAAUUAAAGCUAGUGCAGAAGCUGUCAAGAAAUUCAGAGAACAAUUGACUGCUUUAGCUGAUGUCUAUGUUAAUGAUGCUUUUGGUACUGCCCACAGAGCUCAUUCUUCAAUGGUUGGUUUAGAAUUACCACAAAGAGCUGCUGGUUUCUUAAUGGCCAAGGAAUUAGAAUACUUUGCUAAAGCUUUAGAAAACCCAAACAGACCAUUCCUUGCCAUCUUAGGUGGUGCUAAGGUUUCUGAUAAGAUUCAAUUGAUUGAUAACUUGUUAGAUAAAGUUGAUUUAUUAAUUGUUGGAGGUGGUAUGGCCUUCACUUUUAAGAAAGUCUUGGAUAACAUGAACAUUGGUACUUCAUUAUUCGAUGAAGCCGGUUCCAAGAAUGUUCUUCACUUGGUUGAAAAGGCCAAGAAGAAUGGUGUUGAAUUAAUCUUACCUGUUGAUUUCGUCACUGCUGAUAAAUUCGAUAAAGAUGCCCAAGUAGGUACUGCCACUCAAGAAGAAGGUAUUCCAGACAAUUGGAUGGGUUUGGAUGCUGGUCCAAAAUCAAACAAAUUAUUCGCUGAUGCAGUUGCUAAAGCAAAGACUAUUGUUUGGAAUGGUCCUCCAGGUGUUUUUGAAUUUGAAAAAUUCGCAACUGGUACUAAAUCUUUAUUAGAUGCUGCUGUUUCUUCUGCUGAAGCUGGUAAUAUCGUUAUCAUUGGUGGUGGUGAUACCGCUACCGUUGCCAAGAAGUAUGGUGUUGUUGACAAAUUAUCCCAUGUUUCUACUGGUGGUGGUGCUUCUUUGGAAUUAUUAGAAGGUAAGGCUUUACCUGGUGUUGUAGCCCUUUCUAAUAAGGAUUAG